UUUCUUUCUGGACGCGUAUCGAUAGUCAUUGCACCUCCUCGCGCCUCCUUCGGCGCUCUUUAACGCAGCUAAAAUAAUAAUAAGAAGAAGAAGACUUUGAAGCCUCUUCUGUGACGCACGCGGCUCCACGAGUCACCCGCUCCGUCCUGGUUCCGGACUGGACCCGGUACCGGAGCCACAUUCCAGCAGCUUCUUUUUGAUCACCAAGGUGAGGAGGAGGAGGAGGGGCCAGCCGCCGGAGUUUAUGGAUUAUUGAAAAAGUGAAGGGCGGAUCAAUAAUUCACGAGGACUUUCUCCUGAAACAGAGCUGAGAUUUCCGCGCGCCCACCUGCAGGUCCGGCGCCGCGUGCGCGCACUGACCAGAUGAGCGCAGCGGCUGCCGGAGGAGAGCGUGCGUUUGGAGAGGAGCCCCCCUACUGCGGUACUUUCCUGCCGUGAUGCCCCCGACCCGCUGACGGACCCGGACCCCCUCCCACGACAGACGCAUCGACCCCCCCACUAAUAUGCAAUGGUUUUUCGUGCAGAAGCCGAGCGCCGCCGCGUACCGCCGACUCCACGCUAGCGCCGCCGCAUGCCUGUGCGCCGCCGCCGCCGCUCCUCUUCCUGCGCGGCGCGGCAGACGACGCCAUUUGAAGCGGAGCGCUCCGGGGCUUGAGGGGGAGCGGAGCGCCGCUGUCCUGCCGCGCGGCGGGGACGUCGACGCGGAGUGCGCGCGGCUGGUGGAGCUCGUGGCAAAAGCGGGCGAGAAUCCGGGCGUGGAGCCGGGCUUCCUGCUGCUGCUCCUGUCUAUGGUGCAGAUCGGGGCGGGAGAGUCCAACAGCUGGCCGGCUCUGCUGGCAUGCAAGCAGGGGGGUGGACCAGCCCCCGUAGGAUGGGUGAAUUUUAGGCUGCCGCAUCCGGAGAGCCUCUCCUCCUCCUCCUCCUCCUCCUCCUCCUCCCCAGUGUCGGCCAAAUCCAUGCGGUUUAUUUGGAGCAACAUCUUCAGCAAAGGAUCGCAUAUGCUGCAGUGUCUUUGUGGCAGGAGCCUCAAGAAAAACAAGAACCCAACUGAACCACAGCUGAAGGGCAUCGUGACCAGGUUGUUCUGCAGGCAAGGCUUCUACCUCCAGAUGGGCCAGGAUGGAAGCCUGGAUGGGACCAAAGACGACAGCACCAACUCCAGAGCUGUUUACAGCAGAGUGCAAGUUUAAAGAGUCGGUGUUUGAGAACUACUACGUCAUCUACAGCUCCAUGCUGUACAGGCAGAAGGAAUCGGGCCGGGCCUGGUUCCUGGGCCUGAAUAAGGAGGGCCAGGCUAUGAAAGGCAACAGGGUCAAAAAGACCAAACCAGCUGCACACUUCCUGCCUAAACCCAUAGAAGUUGCCAUGUACCGAGAGCCGUCGUUGCACGAUGUAGGGGAGGCGGUGCCUAAGCUCGCAGGGGUCCCGCCUUCCAAAAGCACAACCUGCGAGCCGGUGGUCAUGAACGGAGGGAAGCCGGUCAGCAAGCCCGACAAGGGGGGGACAUAGCCCCGCCCACCCCGGCUGCGCUGAAGCCACAACUACAGCCUUGCCCCACUGCUGCGCGCUCACUAGACAAAAACUGCAACAACAGGUAAAACAAACAGCGGCACGCUCUGAUUGGACAGCGGUGGGGCCGCUUGUCCCGCCCCUUACUGUGCUGGUUGGGCUCUGGGGGCAAGAGGACGGAAAAUCCGGUUGCCGGACUGACGUCUGGGAACUGAAGAGGUGGAAAGACGUCCCGACGGAGGAGAAACUUGCCAUCCUCACUCACUUUAUGUUUGUUUUUUCUGACAAUCCAUAGAAAUGAGGCCUUUUUUUUAACCCCGAUAGGACUGUUUGAUCUUUUUGUGUCGGCUCACUAUCUGGAGCCGGCAACAGAAAAUAUUCAAGAAAAAAAAAGCCUCAGCAGAUGUUCAGUUCUGCUGAUUCCAAGCAUGCACAGUCAUUAAUCAAUUAGGACUCAGAGUGUUCUACAUCCCAAAACACCUGAGAGAGGCGAACCAGGAAACGUCCACACCGAGGGUCGCGCUCAUUUCUCCAAACCUGUAGCAACACAGAAGGAUCCGCUGGUGUCCGAUCAGCGCGGUAGCAGUCAAGGGUUUACAGAGUAGCAGAUAUUAUAGAAUUAAUAAAAAAAAAAA